AUGAAUUCUGAAGAACAAGAGAUAGAUUAUUACGAACUUUUGGGAAUUAGUUAUAAUGAUCCGAAGGAAGUAAUAGAUAAGGCAUAUCGUCGUGCUGCCAUAAAAUUCCAUCCGGAUAAAAAUCGUUCAAAUGCCGAAGCAGCCACUAAAAAGUUUCACCAAAUAUCAAAGGCAUACGAAACUUUAUCAGAUCCUGUCAAAAAACUGAAUUAUGAUAAUACCUAUAAGGCUCGUAUUGCAGUCAAAAAAAGGCAUGAUGCCUUGAGUGCGAAGAGAAAGGCUAUGAAAGAAGAACUUGAAGAAGGUGAAAAAAUUGCAAAACAGACAAGACGUACC